AUGAUUCCCCGAAUCUCAAUUUUUCUGAUUUCCUUCUAUUUUUCUGAAGCUUGUGUUAGAACGAUACCACCAGAAGAAGUUUAUAUCACUUCUACACCUGAUAAUUUACCACCAACAAAUGCUCCAUCUGCUCCUUGCGCAACUUGUCCAGAAGUUGAUCUAUCCAAAGCAGAGUUGAUACCAGUAGGAAGUAUGAUUUCGAAAGAAGAAGCUAUAACUGCCGAUGGAUGUAAAGAAACUACUAUCAGAUGUAGUUAUACUCCUACUCCCGGAACUGUUGCUUUGUCUAGUUCAUUGAAUGGAAUACUGGCAGAUGGUAUGACACCUCAUAUUGGAGAGCUUCCAAGUCCUGGAAUUGGCAAAGAUUAUUCCAUUUUGACAUGUCAAAAUAAUGGCGAUUAUAUAACUUCGAGAGGAGUAAACUUCUAG